CACACUUGAAACAGGACCUACAAGCUUACCAAGAACGCGCUCAUAGGCCUCCAGGAUGAUCACGAAACUUCUCCCACUCAUCUGCCUAAUAUUCCUGAUCUCCAUAGAAUCAAUGGAAUGCCGACGCAUAGUGGGCGGCAGCGAUGGCAGAAUAGACCAGUUUCCAUACCAAGUGUCGAUCCGUCAUUACAACGAGAGCCACUGCGGCGCAGCGAUAAUCGACGAAUGGCACAUUCUCACCGCGGCUCACUGUGUUGGCAGUGUACUCGUUCCACCCUUCGAAGGAGUCACUGUGCAUACCGGUACCGAUAGUAUUUUAGAGGAAGGACACGUGCACCGGAUUGCCAGAGUUGACGCUCAUCCUGGAUACGACAACUCGCCUGGGCAGAAUAACGACAUCGCUGUCAUCACGCUGGAAAAUCCGAUAAUCUUCGACGCCAACCAGCAAAAGAUCCGGUUACCAACGGAAGACAUUCAGGGCGGCGAAGUAGCUGUGGUCACCGGUUGGGGCUACACUUCUGCUGACAACUGGACGAUUCCGGUGCAGUUGCAAAAGGCCCAGAUGCGGCUGCUACCAAGUUUCGAAUGUCACAAGCGUUUGCUCAGUCCCAUAACAGAUAAGCAAGUCUGUGCGCUUCAGAGAGAGGGAGUUGGUUCUUGCAUGGGUGAUAGCGGUGGACCUUUGGCAGCCAACGGUGUGCUCGUUGGGAUCACCUCGUGGGGUAUACCCUGUGGUCUGGGCUAUCCCGACGUGUAUACCAAAGUCUACGCGUACAAGGAAUUCAUCGAGUCGGUUUUAGAAGCUACUGAUGUCAAUCCAAUCAUAGACGUAAAUCUGUCUCGUCAUUGAUACACUUCACAAGUUUAGUUGUUUCGUGGAAAUACAAAAUUGAAGAAAAAUAUUAUAAUAUGCUUAAAAUUGUAUAAGAGUUUGUGUUUUUG